AUGGCGCCUCCCAAAGUGCAGAUGCCGUCCUUCAUCUCUAAAGACGUCCCGGCGAUUAUCCUGAAGACCCCAGAGGACAUGCGGAGACUCAGUCACAGGUCAGACUUGUCCAAGGGCCAGUUCAUGACUCUCGGCCUGAUCGAGUCUUUGAUGAUCGAAAUGUUCAGGGGAAAAGCUGCUUUACGUCCGUGGGACAAAAAGUAUCAAAGAAUCCGCGACAGUUUGACCCAAAAGGCCUGGGAGGAAAUCCAACUGUCGGAGUACCAGGUCAAGAAAACAGAAAUGAGAAUGAGUAAGAUCAUUCAGGCGGUUAUCAAGGACCUCAAGACACAUUAUGGCACGGCAGAGAAUAUGGUAGAAAGAGCUUUGGACUCGACUUUUGACAGGACGGUUCUAAAGUCCCUACAGUAUCACCUGGAGCACAACCUGCGCAAGAAGAGGUCUUUGCUGAGCUGUGUGUUCCGAAUCUGCUGCUGCCCCAUCAUCAAGGACUAA